AUGCCUGAGAAAGAUCAAGUCAAGGAUAUAGAGAUUGGCAUCGAUGAACGACUGAUCAGUAGUCGCAACAUGGUACGGGAUGAUUCAGAGGAAAUAUUAGAGUCCUCGGAAAAAGAUUCCGAAGAGUUAACAUAUCCUGAUGGAGGAUUACAAGCAAUCUUGGUUUUGAUAGGAUGUUCAGCAGUGGUAUCUGGUACUUUAGGUUUAUCACUGGCGAGUGGGACCAUUGAAAAUUAUAUUUCAGUCAACUUACUUCCUGAUGAAUCAUCAUCCAACGUGUCAUGGAUAUUUGCAGUUUUCAAUUUUACAGCAUUUGCUUUAAUUCUUUUUGUAGGACCAGUUUUCAAUCAGAUAGGAUGCAGAAUUAUGUUGAUUGGGAGUUUGGGGUUUGUAAGUGUUGGUAUGAUGUGCUUCUCCUUAUGUCAUGAAUUGUAUCAAUUCAUAUUGUGUCAUUUCGUUACAGGUUUUGGAGUAUGUUUGGGAUUUACUUGCUCGAUCAACGUAGUGACUCAUUGGUUCAAUAAAUGGAGAUCAACAGCUGUAGGUAUAUCAUUCGUAGGAAGUUCCAUAGGUGGUAUUGUUUAUCCAAUCAUUCUUAAUUCCUUGUUCACGUCUGUUGGAUUUGGUUGGGGAAUCAGAGUUUUGGGAUUCAUUUGUAUGGUUUUGAUUUCGAUUGGAAUAGUCUUGACCAAAGAUAGAAGAUACGAAUUGGGUUUCAUGAAGGGAGACAAAGGAAAUCCUAUUAUGGAUGGUCUUAAACAAAUUGAUUUUGGUAUAUUAAAAGACCCCAUCUUUGCAACCUUAGUAAUUGGCUGUAUUGGUAAUAGUGGACCAUUUUUCCUCACCUUAAAUUAUAUUGUUUCUUAUGCUACAGCACAUGGAUGGUCAACAUCAGAUGCUUAUUCCCUUACUAUAGCUAUGAAUGCAUGUUCAAUAGGUGGAAGACUUUCAGGAGGGUAUUUAGCCGAUAAAUAUGGGAGGUUUAAUUGGUUCAUAGUAACAAAUCUUAUAGCUACUAUUGGUGUGUUUUUGUUUUGGUUACCUCCUUGGGGAUCCCAUAAAGGAGGGCUCUUCACGUAUGCAUGCUUAUUUGGAUACACGUCGGGUAGUUACUUUCAGAGUUCCCCUACGUGUGUUGCCCAAAUAAGUAAGGUCGAUCAAUUCGCUGUUAGAUACGGAACUUCCAGUUUCAUAAUAUCGGUGAUUAACUUUGCUUUAUUGCCGAUCGGAGGUGCUAUUAUUGGAAACAAAGCUGCUUCUGGAUUUGACCAUAUGGUGAUCUUCGUGGCAGUGUUUCAAAUUUUAGGGUUGGUCUUUGUUGCCCUUUGUAGAUUCCUUUACGGGGGUUGGAAUUUAAAGAGGUUAUAA